UACGGUCUAAUCCAGUCAUACCGGUCCGAUCGAUUCAGUUUGAUUUUUUACAACGAAGCGAAGCGACCGCACUACAGCGUAAUAGCACCUCCUUCGCCCCACAGUAUUCUAACGCUCUUCUCUCUUCUCUCUUCUCUCUCACUCUCUCUCUUCUCCUGGAACCGUGCAGCGAAUCUAGGCUGACACCAUCGGAAUUCGCCAGCGGAAAUGGCGGACUUGCCGGAGAAUCGCCGGCACUCUUCUUCCAGUUCAUCUAGUGCGAGCGAUCUAUCUGUCAGAGUGGACCGUGAACUAGAUACCGGAAACGGAAGCACUAGCAAGGAAGUUGAGGAUAUUACCGAAGCGGUUUCCAAUGGAGUUUCCAUUAACAACGGCAGUGGUAGUUCUUCAGCAUCAGGUAUUCCUAGCAGGGGGUUGCCCAAAGUGACCACAUUGCCAGUAGACAUAACCCAUGGAGGUAAAUUGGUGUCAAGUUCAAGUAAGUUUAACUUGGAACGGUCAAAAACAGAGAGGCAGAGACAUCUAAGGCCUGAGGAUGCAGCACAAAUUUUUGAUGACAAAAUUCCUGUACAGGAAAAGCUUAAAUUGUUGAACAGAAUAGCUACUGUAAAAGAUGAUGGAACUGUAGAAUUUGAUGUUCCCAUAGAUGUUGAACCUGAAGCUCUUGGUGCUCGAUCCAAACAUGUAAAUAAUGUUAUUGAUGAUUCAGUUGGUCGUGCAACAGACCUUGAUUACAUCCCUCCAUUAAAUAUAGUGAUGCUUAUUGUUGGCACACGGGGAGAUGUACAGCCGUUUGUCGCAAUAGGGAAACGCUUACAGGAUUAUGGUCAUCGUGUUAGAUUAGCAACUCAUUCAAAUUUUAAGGAGUUUGUUUUGACAGCUGGGUUGGAGUUUUAUCCAUUAGGGGGCGAUCCAAAAGUCCUUGCUGGCUAUAUGGUUAAAAAUAAGGGCUUUUUGCCAUCGGGACCCUCUGAUAUACCUACUCAGCGAAAUCAAAUGAAAGAAAUUAUCAACUCUCUGCUUCCUGCUUGCAAAGAGGCUGAUAUUGAUUCUGGUGUGCCCUUUAAAGCAGAUGCAAUCAUUGCCAAUCCCCCAGCAUAUGGGCAUACUCACGUUGCAGAGGCACUAAAAAUUCCGAUUCAUAUUUUUUUCACAAUGCCAUGGACGCCAACAGCUGAAUUUCCACAUCCUUUGUCUCGUGUAAAGCAACCGGCUGGUUAUAGGCUUUCAUAUCAAAUAGUUGACUCGUUAAUUUGGCUCGGAAUACGAGACAUGAUUAAUGAUCUUAGGAAGAAAAAGUUGAAGCUACGACCAGUCACAUAUUUAAGUGGCUCACAAGGUUCUGAAACUGAUAUUCCUCAUGCUUAUAUAUGGAGUCCUCAUCUUGUUCCUAAACCAAAAGAUUGGGGACCGAAAAUCGAUGUAGUAGGGUUUUGCUUUCUUGAUCUAGCAUCAAAUUACGAACCUCCCGAACCCCUUGUAAAAUGGCUUGAAGAUGGCGAUAAACCUAUUUACAUUGGGUUUGGUAGCCUGCCUGUUCAAGAUCCAAAAAAAAUGACAGAAAUUAUUGUAGAAGCACUUGAGACCACGGGACAGAGGGGAAUCAUCAAUAAAGGAUGGGGAGGUCUUGGGAAUUUGACAGAACCAAAGGACUCCAUCUACUUAUUGGAUAAUAUUCCCCAUGAUUGGCUAUUUUUACACUGCAAAGCAGUGGUGCAUCAUGGUGGAGCAGGAACAACAGCUGCAGGGCUGAAAGCUUCUUGCCCAACAACUAUAGUUCCUUUUUUUGGUGAUCAACCCUUUUGGGGUGAGAGAGUACAUGCUAGAGGAGUCGGCCCUCCACCUAUCCCAGUUGACGAGUUUUCGCUUCCUAAGUUGACUGAUGCCAUAAAUUUUAUGCUAGAUCCCAAGGUAAAGGACCGUGCAAUUGAACUUGCCAAAGCCAUGGAAAAUGAGGAUGGCGUAACUGGAGCUGUGAAAGCAUUUUUUAAGCAGCUUCCUCAAAAGAAAACUGACACUGAUACAGAUCCACCGUCUUCUAGUAUAUUCUCUAUAAGUAGAUGUUUUGGUUGUUCCUGAUCCAAUAGAAGCUGGUCAAACCCCAACCUUUUUUAAAUCUAUAUGUACAUCUCAAUUAUAUAUGUUACUACAUCAACGAGAAGUGCUCGACUUGUCACACUUUCUGCGCAUGGUUUUAUAAACUUGAGCUUUUCAAGCUGUAUGUAAAUUUUCUGUUUAUUAAUUCAUUCCUUUGUGCCCGUGUAAUUUUUUUGUUUUGUACUAGACAAAUAUAUCAAUUUUUACCUUGACUCGA